CAAAGAUCAUCAAUAUAGAAUAUUGUGUUGAUGUGCGGAAGAGGUGUGUGUUUUGAAGUGUGUUGUGUAGUUUGAAAAGCAAUUUUGAAGUCGUAGUCACCACAAUGCCGGCGUAUCAUUCAGGCUUUACGGAAUUUAGCCAAGUCGUGGGUAAUAUGGCAAUUUUACCUUUUAAAACACAAUUUAGAGGACCAGCGCCUACAUUCACAAAGGAUACAGACAUCAUUGAUGAAGCUCUGUACUACUUCAAAGCAAAUGUAUUUUUUAGGACGUACGAAAUAAAGAAUGAAGCUGAUAGAGUGCUUAUUUACAUUACCUUGUAUAUAACGGAGUGUUUGAAGAAGCUACAAAAAUGUAGUACUAAAGCGCAAGGGAUGCAGGAAAUGUAUGCAUUGGCAAUAUCUAAGUUUGACAUCCCUGGUGAGCCAGGAUUUCCUCUUAAUUCUGUAUAUGCCAAACCUAGCAGUCCUAGUGAGGCAGACCUGAUGAGGCAGUAUAUACAGCAACUUCGUCAAGAGACUGGUGUAAGAGUAUGUGAAAAAGUUUUCUCUAGUGAUGAUGGGAAACCAUCAAAGUGGUGGCUGUGCUUCGCAAAGAAGAAGUUCAUGGACAAGUCCCUUUCUGGUCCUGGGCAGUGAUGAGAGAACAUGAUGAGAUCCAUAUUUGAGGUGCUCCGUGACAGCAAUGCAUUUGAUUAAGUAUGCUUUUUAACUAAUUAUCGUACUCUCCUGUAUCUUACUUCUGUAACGACCUUGUUGCAGAAGUAGUAACAAAAAAAGUACAAUUGCACACACUGUAGCAAGCUUCAGUUUGUUUGGUCAUCAGUUAUUAAAUUUAUGUUGGUAAUUAAAUUUGUUGGUAAACACAGUGUGUGGUGGAACAGAAGUUCUUGUUGCUGCACAUUGAAUACCAUACUUUUGUGGCAUUCAUUUUUAUAUUUUGUGUUGUCACUUGGAUCAUUAGUUUACAUUAUCGUCAUACAACAGUAAAUACCAUAUUAUGCAUUCCUGGCUGUAUGUGUCAAUAUUAUUUUGUAACUAUCAGUUUUCUGUCAGAUCUUAUUCAAAAAUAUUAAUUUGUACAAAAGUGUGCAUCAUAUUGUAUUCUGAAUAAAUUGCUAUUUUAUGACUAAUAGUUAAAAAAAAGUAUAUCAGAUGUGACCGUGAGUUUAAGAUUAUUUAUUUCAAUUUUGCCUUGUAUUCUUUGUUGGGCAUUAGCUAUAGUGCUCUGUGCUGUGAUUUUUUUUUUAUUUUCUAUUUUUUUUUUGUAGCUCUGGAAAAAUGUCAACAUACAUGUAUAUGAUCAUGAAAAUCUAAAAAAGGAAAAAAAAGAUACUUAUUUGAUACCAUUUCAUUUCUCAUUCAGUCUUUUUCAUUUUUGGUUCCAUUUUCAGUUGGCCAUCUUCACAAUAUCUUAUUUUAUAUUAUCCUACUUCGUUUUCCAUCUGAUUAACUCUUCAAGUUAUUUAUAUUGCCUCUGCAUUUUAUCUUACUCCUACCAUUGCCGCCAUUUGUGCAUUAAAUCACUUAUUUGUUUUUAACAUUUUCGUUUUGUAAUCUUCAUUUAAAUGAAAGAUUUUAUAUACUUGUUCCUGAGUUUAUUUGAUGCUAAAUAUUUUAAUCAAAGUAGUGUAGUUUCAUAUUCAUUGCCAGUAUUUAAAUGUACCAUUGAAAGUACAAGGGUGGUUCGAAAAGUUUUGGAAUGGAACAGAAAAAAAGUACUUAUGUCACUGAAACUUUUUUUAUUUUUCAGUUUAGUCUCCUUGUAGAUUAAUGCACUUGGUCCAAUGAUGUUCCAGUGCCUUGAUCCCAUCUCGAAAAUGAGAUUCCUCCAGGCCUGCAAAAUAGUUGCCAACUCCAACUAUCAGUUCUUCGUUCGAAAUAAAUCUUCGUCCACCAAGAAAAAUUUUCAGUUUUGGGAAGAGAUGGAAGUCUGACAGAGCCACAUCAGGUGAAUAAGGCUGGUGUGGCAACAAUUCAUCCCUUAGUUCAUGUAAUUUCGCCAUGGUGAAGGCACGUGUGCAGGCACGCAUUGUCUUGAUGGAAGACGACUUUCUUCCUUUUUAAACAUGGCCUGUUUUGUAUAUCUUUUGUUGAAAUUUGUCCAGGAGGUUAGCAUAGUAUUCUCCACUACUGUUUACCCAGUGGGGAGAUAAUCUACAAACAGAAUCACCAUCGCAUCCCAGGACACUGAUGCCAUGACAUUUCCCACCAAAGGAAUUGUCUUUGCUUUCUUUGAUGGUGGGGAAUAAGUAUGCUUCCACUUGACUGUUGUUUCGUCCCUGGGGUAUAGCGGUGCACCCAAGUUGCCAAUCGGCAUGAAUGUCCUUUGCUUUCAUACCUUUCUUUGUGAAGUACUUAAGUCACUGCUUGAAUCUAAAUUUUUUUUUCCUAUCUUUGCAAAUCACUACACAGGGACAACAACAGAGCCACGUCACCACCACAGCUCUUUUCCAAGAAUGCUGACGUGGCACAUGUUUAGAAACAACAUUCCGAUGAAUAUCAUGUGAACAAGUAGUUGCGCUAUUGCUGACCUCUCAUAGUGAUUCGGAGAACUUUUCAAACCAUCCUCAUAUUUGUGUGGCUGACCUAUCAUCAAGUUUAGUAAGUUGUGUAUUAGUUUGCUGUUUAAAUCUACUUAAUGAUGUAUGCAUCACAUGGAUUUUGGGAUUUGGUUACAGAGUAUCUGUACAGAGUGCCUGAUAAGACUGUGUCCUGUCAUCCCAAAAUAUGUGCAGAGUUCUAGAGUAAGGUUAAUCAUUUGUAAAUUUUUUAUAAAUUUGUGAUAUAUGUUUGAAAAUUUAAGAGUUCUGAGUUAUUAAAGGUGAGUUUCUCAGUCAUA